AUGAGCAUCAUCUGAAUUUACAAGCACUGCUUGGAUACCUUUUCCUUUAAUACCACCAAUUGGAACAGCUUCCAUCAGUUCACGAAGUUUGGCUAAUUUCAUUGCACCGCUCUUUUCUGCCAUAUUGAUGCCACUAUAGUGAUAAAUUAAUCUGUAUAAUAAUUUUUUGAUAAAGCAAAUGAAACUAUCUAAUUUAAUACUUACAAAUUAUAUCAGCUUUUAUUUUUCCAAUAUUUACCUUUCCCUAAGAACGUUAUUAUUUGCAAUAAAUAUCAAUCUAUUCCUUUCAAGCACUCACAAUUGUGUCAUUUGUCAUCAGAUUAAGAGAGAAUUAUCUUAUCACAUAAUUCAGAAAAACAUCGAAGAAUUCAACUCUUUUCUUUAUCAAAGAUAUAAAUCGUAUAGUAUAGUGUAUAACAUACUGAUACUCCAACCAUUUACACUUUUGCUCAAGGUCUUCGGGUUAUCCCGAAAACAUGCAAAGUAAAUACAAUCGUUUGUUUACAUUAGAUUAUUCAGCAGAGAUAUAAAUAAAGAUAAAGCAUUAUCAUUGAACCUAAAAAUACAAUUCUGCAAUCAUGCUUAGUUUAACGAAACAUUGUGCAUUAACAAUUGGAAAGAACAAUGCAUUGAGAUUUCUACAACCUCGACAAAGUUUAUAUAUGCUUGGUUUAAAACCCACAAACAUAAAUAGAGCAAGUUUAUCAAUAAAAAGAGAUUGUAUCUGUUUACGAAAGAAUUUGCUUAAACAAAGGAAUGUUAUAGCUGUUGGUUUUGCCUCAAAAUCAUCUCCAAAACCAGAUAAAACUGUGGGAAAAUGGCUAUUAACAUGUAGCGGCAUGGUCUUCAUUGCUGUUGUUCUGGGAGGUGUAACAAGACUCACAGAAUCUGGUUUAUCGAUGGUUACUUGGAAAUUGUUAGGUGAAAAAAUGCCUACUACUGAAAAUCAAUGGCACAUAGAAUUUGAACGAUACAAACAGUUUCCUGAGUAUAAAAUAACCAAUCAUGAUAUGACACUAGAAGAGUUUAAACGCAUUUGGUGGAUGGAAUAUUUGCAUAGAAUGUGGGGACGUUUGAUAGGUGGAGUAUUCAUAGUACCAGCAACUUAUUUUUGGGCAAAAGGUAUGCUAUCACUAGCAAUGAAAAUUAGAGUAGCUGCCCUAGGAUCAUUGAUUGGUUUACAAGGACUUAUGGGCUGGUACAUGGUCAAAUCGGGUUUGGAGGACCGUUUUGUGGACCCAUCAGACGUUCCUAGAGUUUCACAGUACCGUUUGGCUGCUCAUUUGGGGAUGGCAUUCAUAAUAUACACAGGAUUCUUAUACAAUGCUUUAAGCUAUUUAAGUCCUGCCGAAAAACUAGAUCUCAGUGCCCUGAACGUUAACAUAACUGAUAUCAAACAAAAAUUGAAAAGAUUUAGAAUGAUAGUUCAUUCGACGAAGGGAUUAGUGUUUCUUACUGCUUUGUCUGGAGCUUUUGUAGCGGGAAUGGACGCGGGUCUUAUUUAUAAUACAUUUCCAAAAAUGGCAGAUAAAUGGAUACCGGAUGACAUACUCGCAAUAACGCCGAAAUGGAAAAAUUUUACUGAGAAUCCAACUGCUGUACAAUUUGAUCAUAGAAUUUUGGGAAUCACUACGUUGUCUCUGAUUACUUAUAUUGGAAUUGCAUCUCGAAAAUAUAAACUUCCUGGAAAUGCAAGAAAAGCAGUUGUUGCUGUUCUUUGCGCUGGUUAUUUACAAGUAUUGCUAGGAAUCACAACAUUAGUGCACCAUGUACCCUUAACAUUAGCCGCAUCUCAUCAGUCUGGUAGUCUUCUUGUACUAAGCACAAUGAUUUGGUUGUGUCACGAAUUAAAAUACUUAAAAUAUGUUCCUAAAUGAGGCUAUAAAUAAACACUUGUGACAUACAAUGAUUGUUCACCACGAAACAGGAAAUGGUAAGAUAAUUUCAUAACAGUUUCACAACAUUAUGCUUUAUUUGACAAUGCAUUAAGUUAUAAUAAUCAAUAUUCAUAGAAAUAAAUUUACACGUGUGUAAGUAAUAUACCUACAAUCAGAAUAUCAAAGUUUAAGUAAUUUUAUAUCGUUUUGUAAGUAUAUUUAAUUUCAUGUUUAUAAAGAACAAAUAAAUACCUAUCCUAACGUAAUAAACAAA